AGAUUUCAGGAGGAGAUGACGUCGUAUGCUACUAGAUCUCCAGGAGCUGUAUCUGAGCAUGAACGAAGGCUACAUGAAGAUGAACGAGGCUUGGUUUAAGGAGAGGGUAGACUACCUCAAUCUCUUUCGAGGACCGGAGUUGGAGCAGCCGGAGGCGCAGGAAGAGCUGGGUGGAGGAGAAGCGCAGGAAGGAAUGGAGGAGAAGGGGGAGAAGGAGGAGAGUGUGGGGGAUGAGGGAGAGGCGGAGGAAGUCGGGGAAAAGGAAGAAGGAGAAGCGGAGAAGGAGGAGGAAGAUGGGGGUGAAGGAGGAGGAAGAGGAGCAGGAGAAAGAGCAAGAGAAGGAAAAGAAGAGGAAGAGAGACGAAGAAGAGAAAAGGGAGAAGAAAAUGAGGAUGCCACUGCACGUACACAUCUCUCCACCAGUCUUGAGGGUUCGAAGAGCAACGAGAGAGACCGCAAGAAGACGCCCAACCUCUCGCCAGAUUACAUGCGAAUGGUCUAGCGCAGAUUGCAGAGGCGAGACGCAGAGAGUUGAGCGCAGGGUGAGACCGCAGCCUCGACGUGGCGCGCCGUUCCUCGUCCUUU